UCCAAGAACUUGAAAAAUUUAUCACCGAAGCCGGAGAAACGGUCAUGAGAGAAAUGACCAAAAAAGAAAACGAGCAAACCAAUCUAUUAAAAUGGAUUGAAGUAUACACGAACCAGAUCAAGAAUCUUGAAAAUGAUCUGUAUACACUUAGAUUGAGGUCUUAUACCCAAUCUACACAUUCAUCCCAAACACAACAUUCUUUUUCACCAUCACAAUCCUCACACCCUUCACAACCUUCACAAUCCUUACAACCAUUACACCCGUCACACCCGCAAUUUCAAAGUUUGGAUGAAUAUUUCAAAUACGAGAAUGCACAAAAAGCAAAAGCAUGA